AUGCAUCCUACAUCAGUAAGCUUGGGCAAGGGCGCCCUUAAAUACGGUGGCAAGUCAGGUAUCUUGCCGAAAUUGAGGCCCAUUUUCAAGAACCCCAUCACACCUCCACCGGAGUAUGUGAAAAAGCAAGAGGCUAAACUAGAACAAGGUUAUGCUGAAGGAGUGCCUACCCCUAAAAUUAACGGUCGUCGUGUUGCCCGUCAGCCUGCCCCAAAGCAGAUCAUCCCAGUUGAGGAGGUUAUCAAGAGAAGAAUCGAGUUGAAGACUCCAGAUGUGGACCCCAGUAAGCUACAAGGCGAUGAGUUGUGGGCGUACAAGAGAGAUCAGAUCAGAAAAGAGCAUUUAAGGGAUGCGUAUUUGACUGAGGCGAGAAGACUCGAGAGGCUAGAAAAGCUCAAGGCAAGAAAGCACGAAUUGGAGGAGAAGCAUAAGGCCGAGGAUAAGGUGCACGAAGAUAGUGAGGCUACCAAGUUGACGUUACCCACGAUAGACUCGUAUCUCAAGGGACCAAUUAUGAGGCCCAGAACUCCAGAAGAGAAAGCCAUCAACGAAGAGCAAAGAGCGUUGAACAGAAGGUUACUGGAGUUGAAGAUCAAGGAACAGAAGGCCAACGAGUUGUUAGAGUUGUACCAUGCGUCCGCCAACUUCAUCACCACCGAAGAAGAGUUGGAGGAGGCUGUCAGAGAAGCAUUUGAGGUGAAGGUUGGUCAGUUCGAGAGCAACGAGAGAUUAGUGGAGGACAAGCUCUUCGGGUACAGCAAUGCAUACGCCAACUCGAAGAUCAACGAGAGAAUGAUCAAGGAUGCUGCAUUUGGUGAGAUUGAUGGCCAGCCCGGUCUUGAGACAGUAAAGGAUACAUUGAGCGGAGAGAACGAGAAGCUUCGGAGAGAUGCCCAAGCGGAGCUCAACAAGGAUGCGUGA